GCGGCCGCCGCCCGCCAGCACGGAGAGAAUUUGAUUAGGGAACACUCUCGAGUCUGUACUGUACCUACUGUAGGUCGGGUCGAUCGGCCGGUCCAAACCGAGUCGCGCUCGAGAGCUGCAGCAGUUGACAGUUGUCUUUCAGGCGGACAAGUUUAAGUUGGAGUUUUUCCGUGCGAUUUCCCUAUCCUUCCAUUCCUCCGAGUACAUACAUAGAGUGCGCCAGAGGACCAACCUUUGUGCGGUGGAAAGUGUCAGUGCAAAGCCGUAGCUCGAGUGAAAACGGAGCAUUAUUGAGUACGGGACUGGUUAGAGGAAAAUUUGUUCUAUUCGAUUAUUGUGAGGAAAAGUGCCUGCUGGUUGAACCUUGAAAACGUUCGAGUAAAUAGAGAACGUGUGCUGCGUGGGUGUCCGGAAUUUUUGACCGCUUGAGAAAGCUGGGAUUUUUCAUCUAAACGUGAUCUGUUGUUUGGUCGAAGACAUCACCGCAACAUGAGCAACAAUGGCCCGGGGGUCACGAACCCCAUGCUGUACGAUCCACCGGAGGGACAGGCUUCCAACAGUAAGCUGAUGCAGUUUGUGGCCGGCGUCGGAGUAUCACUUGCCGCCGUUAGUGCAGGAACCGCUCUGGGUUGGACGUCUCCCGUAUUGCCACAGCUAGAACGAACCAACGUCACCAUCGAUGUGAACGGUACCACCGACGAUGCUAGUUUUUAUCUCACAGCUGAUCAAGGAUCAUGGGUGGGAUCGUUCCUAGCGGUCGGUGCUUUUUGUGGAGCCCUCCCGGCCGGUUUCCUGGCGGAGAAGAUUGGUCGCAAGUUCACCACCAUGUCUCUGGCACUACCCUAUCUGGCCAGUUGGGCCCUAAUCAUUUUUGCCAGCAGCGCAGGAAUGCUGUAUGCCGGUCGUUUCCUCAUCGGUCUUGCCACGGGAGCAUCCUGCGUGGUCGCUCCGAUGUUCAUCUCGGAGAUUGCCGAAACGGCCAUUCGUGGCGCUUUGGGCGCCUUUUUCCAGCUGUUCCUCACUGUCGGUAUUCUGUUCGUGUACGCCAUCGGUCCGUACGUUGCCUGGACAACGCUUAGCGUGCUGUGUGCCAUCUUUCCUGUACUGCUGAUCGUAGCGAUGUUUAUCGUACCGGAAAGUCCCACCUAUCUGGUGAAACAGGGUCGCCGGAGCGAUGCCGCCGUUGCACUCAAGUGGUUCUGGGGACCGAACUGCAAUACACAGAAUGCGGUGGAAGCCAUCCAGUCCGAUCUGGAUGCGGUCAAGGGCGAGGCCAAAGUGUCGGAUCUGUUUACAAAGGUUACAAACAGGAAUGCGCUGUUCAUUGCAUUGUUGCUGAUGUUUUUCCAGCAGUUCUCUGGUAUCAAUGCGGUCAUCUUUUACACGGUACCGAUUUUUAAAUCUGCCGGAAGUACGAUGGAUCCCGCGAUUUGCGGUAUUGUGGUCGGUGUCGUACAGGUUCUGAUGACCUUUGUUUCUUCGGUGUUGAUCGAUAAGGCCGGCCGUCGGAUUUUGCUGUUGCAGAGCAGUUUUAUUAUGGGUGCGUGUUUGAUCGUUCUAGGAGUGUACUUCAAGCUGCAGAACGAUAAGGCGGACGUAUCCGGAAUCGGCUGGCUUCCAUUGGCCUCCGUCGUAUUAUUCAUCGUCAGUUUCUCACUCGGAUUCGGUCCCAUCCCGUGGAUGAUGAUGGGUGAAUUAUGCGCUCCUGAUGUGAAAGGACUUGCAUCCGCUCUGUCCGUCAUGUUCAACUGGUCUCUGGUGUUUCUGGUUACGAAAACCUUCGGAACUAUGCAGGAUUAUCUGGGUUCGGAUUGGACGUUCUGGUUCUUCGGUUUCUGGAUGAUGGUUUGCACGUUAUACGUGUUCUUCAAGGUGCCAGAAACCAAGGGCAAAACAAACGCGGAAAUUCAAGCCAUCCUCAGCGGCAAGAACUAAGACGGUAGACACAGAGCAGAGAGACUGGCAAAAGAAACAACACAAACCGAUGGAGCUUUUCAAUGUCGUGCAACACAGUGAAAGCGCUUUAGUUGUAAAGUUUUUUUUUUAAUUCUAGAUUUUAGAAGCCAUUUGUGUUAUUUUAUGUUCGUAAGUUCGUAAGUCAAUUGGAAGCAAUUCGCCUCCGACGUUCUCAGUACGGGCCAACAGAUGAAAAAUUUAUUUAUUGAUUCUUCUUUAAACUAUUUCGUUCUCGCGUUUAGUGAAACGCAGUAUGUGUACUUGUUUUGUGUCUUAAGUGUGGCAUAGUUGAGAAUGGUCGUUCAGAGUUGUUAGUUUUAAAAGUAUUCCUACUAAUACUUUGGGGCGAAAAAAAUACAAAUAAUUCGGUACUUCUAAUAAAUUCAGGCAAAAAGCAAAAUUAUUACUUAUAUUUAAGUUCAAAAUUCGCUAGCCGGAACAUAAAGCAUAGUGGUUAUAAAUAAUUGUUAGCCUGUAACAUUAAAAUUUUAGCUAGUUCAAUGGGAAACAGUACAAUUAUUUAAGCAAAAUAAACUAGUAAAAUCCACUGAUAUAAAUAUUGCUUUACAGUAUCGGUGUGUUAUUACUAAAAAUAUUUGGCCCGGAGAGUCUACGCGGAGAUAUUAAAAUCAUAUCAGACUAUUCAAUACAGCUAAAAACUAAAACAAACAUGCGUCACCAAAAAACAAUCACGUUGUACUCAACAUGAAAAAUACCUCCAAACAAACUACUUCCGAGAUUUUUUAUUAAACUUCAAUCGUUAAUUUAGAGAUUCAUUUAUUUUUUACCAAAACAAAACGUGUUUAUGUGCCAUAAAAGGUUUGGAAGAUUCACACAGGAAAAAAAAUGAUUCGAGUCGAUUUUUUCUAGGAUAUGAAGAGCUUUAACUAGAAAAAUUAGAUCAACGAUGAUCAUCCAAGUCAUGGCAACAACGGUUGUCUUUAGCCGAAAAGUUACUUUAAACAAAUCCUCAUCCUUAACCUGACUUUUAAAGUGAGGGAAAAUACUCCGAACCUGAAACAUUUCAGAUAUUUGAGUCAGCUAGAAGCGCAAAUCCACUGGGAAAAGAAUAGUCGUAUUUACAAACAUUUACAGCAAUAUUUACGUGUUGAAUGUUGAAUAUCUACCAAAUUGUUUGGCGGCUAGUAAAGGGGAAUUGAGAGCUGCGCGUUAUUGGCGCACGAUCAACCUGAAAUCUACCGAUGUUACUCAACAAGUACAGUAAGUAUAAUAGAGAAAGGAAAAUUAAUAGACUUUUAUUGUCGUUGCCGUCGAUAAUAUGUAUCUGCCGUUUCAAUUUGAACAUGACAUAAAAUUACCCAACCAAAUUUGUGAAAAGAAAAAGCUCUGGAAAAUCGAUUGUUACUUUAGUUGUAAUUGGAUAUACACAUACACACGCAUACACAUAUAUACAUAUACUAGCAUGCUAAGUAGACAUUAAGAUAUUUGCAAGUCUGUAUGCUGCUGCCUGCGUGCGCAAAAUGUACCACGAAUAAUUGACUUGAAAUAAAUGGAUAUGGAAGACUUAUACAA